GUCACUAUUAUUAGUUACUCUUUGCUUUGGUAUAACUUGCUGUAAUAUUUGUAAAUCCGAAUCCUAAGCUAACUUCAGUGACAUGCAUUUUACUUCGGAAUUUGGUGUUAGAUAAUUGACCAAACCUCAAAAAAAAAUAAUCGUAGCAAAUUAGUUUGUGUUUGCGUUAUAAAUUUAGCUAGUCCUUUUCGUUCACUCAGUCAUGGCGUUUACGCAAACCUCGACGCAAACGAACACCUUGAACGUCUUCUUUUAUUAUAACAGAAAACAGACAGAUCAUUCAGCGUUGUUUGCUACAAAUUCAUUCAACGAUCGAUACAAGAAAGACUUCUUAAACCUUUCCAAGAAAGAAGACUAUAAUGGACUUUCAAAGUGCAAUGGGAAUAGUCUUCGAACUUUGCAGUAUUUUAAGGAUAAUUAUGCGAAAGUCUUAGAUAUUUUCAUCUUCCCUGUAUUGAGACAAUAUAUUGAGGAAACGGCGAAAAUCUACAUCGCUUGGAGAUCUCCUGGAGUUCCGAUAUCCUACACUCCUCCAUUGGUCACAGUUCCUUGAUCAAUAUUUAUCUAGAGUUAAGAAUGAAUGGCUGGAGAAACCAACUAUUUUAUUUUAAGUGAAUAUGAAAAACAAAAAAAAUUGUAAACGAAUGCCCGUGCAUAAAUAAAAUGUUAAACUAUCUAAUAAUAGGAUGCAUUGUUAUAUGUGCGUGUUAAGUGUGCAUUGUUCGAAACAUUAAAAAUUAGCAGAUCA